GAGUUAAUAAUAUUUUAUGAAUUAUUUUUUUUCUUAAAUAGUUUUGGAUAAAGAGAGAAAAUAAAACGGGAUAAAAUAUAAAGUAAGAGAAAGCGGUGGGGAUUUUUUUUUUUUUAUAAAUGCAAAUAUUAAUGCAAUAUUAGUAAAAAUUUUCACAUAACAUAUGACGUGGAUGAAAAAGAAAUUAUAGAUUGGUUAGCAAAUUUGUUUUUUAAACCAUUGAAAUGAAAGUGCUCUAAUGGUGAUAAGUUUCACCAAAUUUCCACUUUUAGAUCCCUAUUUUUACCUCAAUCCCAUAAUUAGAAAGCUAUAACAAGAAGAAAAGUGUAGUUCUUUAAUGGGGGUUGAUUCCCUCCAGCUGUUAAACAACCAGUGCUUAAGAGGCGAAGAACGUGCCUUCUUCAGUGCUCUCAUGCUCUGUUCUAACAUUCUUUUAUUUGCAAUCUUUCUCACCUUCUCCCUUUAUCAUUUACCCUUCAUUUCUCUAAGAAUUGUUUAUUUUUCUCAAAUUUACCAAGAUUCUUGCUAGUCUUUCAGGAAAUUCUUUUAUGGGUUGAUGCUAUUUAUUAAUUUAUUCCAGCUAUUAAGGAACAAAAUGCCAAUCUAUGUGAUUAUCUAUUAUGGGUAUUCCUGAUUUUCCCUCAGAAAUCUUGAUUUCAGUCAAUCAUUCAAUAAAAUAUUCAAAUUUUUAUUAAAUAAUUCGGUGCCUUUUGUUUUUGUAUAAAUACUUGGUUUUUUUCUGCACUGUUGAAGACUAUUUACCCAUUUCAAGAGACUGAAAAUCGAUAUCAACAUCGAGCAAGAUGAGAGGAGCUGUAUUUGCAGCAAUUGCUGCUACCAUGGGUAAUUUGUUGCAAGGGUGGGAUAAUGCCACAAUUGCAGGAGCUGUUAUAUACAUCAAAAGGGAAUUCGACCUCGAAUCACAACCAACCUUGGAGGGUUUAAUUGUGGCUAUGUCACUCAUUGGGGCCACGGUUAUCACGACCUUCUCAGGCCCCGUUUCUGAUUCAGUUGGGCGCCGGCCUAUGCUUAUAGUAUCAUCAUUACUAUACUUCCUUGGUGGGCUUGUUAUGCUAUGGUCUCCCAAUGUUUAUGUCUUGCUCAUGGGAAGGCUGUUGGAUGGGUUUGGAGUUGGUCUAGCAGUUACUCUUGUGCCAGUCUACAUUUCGGAGACUGCACCUCCGGAGAUUAGAGGACAGUUGAAUACCCUCCCACAGUUCACUGGAUCGGGAGGGAUGUUCUUGUCUUAUUGUAUGGUAUUUGGGAUGUCUUUGAUGGAAGCACCUAGAUGGAGAUUGAUGCUCGGUGUUCUUUCGAUCCCAUCUCUUUUGUAUCUUGCGUUGAUGGUGUUUUAUUUGCCCGAGUCUCCUAGGUGGCUCGUCAGCAAAGGGAAGAUGAAUGAGGCGAAGAAAGUCUUACAACGAUUACGUGCCAGGGAAGAUGUCAAUGGUGAAAUGGCAUUGUUAGUAGAAGGACUUGGAACUGGAGAAAAUACAUCCAUUGAAGAGUACCUGAUUGGCCCGUCAAAUGAUGAGGAAGCCACUGCCGACAAGGAUCAAAUCAAGCUAUAUAGUGCUGAGCAAGGCCAAUCUUGGAUUGCCAAACCUGUAAAAGGACAAAGCAUGCUCGGCAUGGCUUCUCGUUAUGGAAGCAUGGCCCAACAAGGAGGAGGAAGUAUGGCAAACAUGAUGGACCCUCUUGUUACUUUGUUUGGGAGUGUACACGAGAAGUUGCCCCAGUCAGGGAGCAUGAGGAGUGCAAUAUUCCCCAACUUUGGGAGCAUGUUUAACGCUGCUGCCGAUGAAAACGAUAAACAUGAAAAUUGGGAGGAUGAGAGCAGAGAUGAAGACUCCUCAUCUGAUGUUGGUCGUGACGACUCCGAUGAUAAUCUCAAUAGUCCGCUACUUUCCCCUCAUGCCCCUGGUGCAGUUCCUCCAUCAAGUGGCAGCACAUUGAACUUGAGACACCCUAGCAAUCUGAUGCAAAGUGGUGAAUUACUCAAUAGCACAGGUAUUGGCGGGGGUUGGCAGCUAGCGUACAAGAAAGCAACAGAUGGAAAAGGUGAAUUGCAAAGGGUUUAUCUCCACCAAGAAGGCGGCAUGGGGUCUAUGCGUGGAUCGAUGCUUGGAUCUGUCCUUUCACUGCCUCCAUCCGAAAUGCCUGAAGGUCAGUUAGUGCAGGCUGCUGGUCUUGUUAGCCAGUCCAACCUCAAAAUCAAGGAUUUCAAGGGAGAGUCUCCCUUCGAGGGUGGAAAAAUACAACCUUCGUCAGCUGUUACUAAAGGGCCAAGCUGGAGGGAGCUUUUUGAACCAGGAGUUAAGCGUGCAUUGGUUGUCGGGAUGGGACUUCAGAUACUUCAACAGUUCUCUGGAAUCAAUGGAGUUCUCUACUACACCCCUCAGAUUCUUCAGCAAGCCGGAGUUGAUGUUCUCCUAUCAAAUAUGGGGAUCGGUUCAGACUCUGCUUCUCUCCUUAUAAGCGGGUUAACCACACUGUUGAUGCUUCCUAGCAUAGGAAUCGCAAUGAGGUUGAUGGAUAUCUCCGGCAGAAGGUUUCUUUUGCUAAAUACACUUCCCGUCUUACUAGGAUCACUGAUCAUACUAGUUCUUUCCAAUGUGAUUAACAUGGGAACUGUCCUACACGCAACAUUAUCUACUGUCAGUGUUGUAGUCUACUUCUGCUGCUUUGUGAUGGGUUUCGGUCCAAUCCCCAACAUUUUGUGCUCGGAAAUCUUUCCUACUCGAGUUCGUGGGCUAUGCAUCGCCAUAUGCUCUCUCACAUUCUGGUUUGGUGACAUUAUCGUCACAUACUCUCUCCCGGCUUUGCUUUCCUCCAUCGGUCUUGCAGGAGUGUUUGGCAUCUAUGCCAUUGUGUGCUCCAUCGCUUGGUUUUUUGUUUACUUCAAGGUACCCGAAACAAAGGGGAUGCCCCUUGAAGUUAUCAGCGAGUUCUUCAACGUGGGUGCCCGACAAGCUGAAGCUGAGAAAGAUAUGUAAUUUAGUUGCUAAUCUUUAGAAUAUUGAUUUCAUUCAUUGACUCAAAAAGAAAGAGGAAAUGAGCUUACAAUAUUUGAGAUCUAGAAAGAUGGGCUAUUGUAGGGGGAGUAUUCCUUCACUUUGCCCCCUCUCCAAAAUGAUUCUUGGCGGUUGGCUUUGGAGAUUUUGAUGUUUAUUGAUAAAACACAUUAUAUGGAGUUUUAAUUCUUUUUCAAUAUCAAUUUUGUUUUAGUGCA